UUUUAAUUUAAUAAAAAUUGCUAAUUGGUGCUUUGUUAAUGGAACAAUCUGAACUAUAUACAAAAUUACAGCUACUUGUGCUAUACGCCUAAGCAAUGAAAUAGAAUUUUCGGUGGAUAUAAUUUUUUUACCUUCUACAUGCUCACAUAUGCGAAACAUCGUAGGUAACUUGUGGCUUGUAACAUGUUACCGCAAGAUUGUUCCUCCAUGUGUGACUGCUUUAAGAAAUGCUCGAUUGGGUUUUACUGCAAAUAAAAUAUUAAAAAUGAUAAAGCAAAACGAUAAUCGAAACAUUCGAGUUUUGCAAUUUUUAGAAGCAUAUGAAAAGCAGGAAAGUCUUUGGAAUCCAGCUUUGAAAAGUUAUAAGGAUAAAGCAGCUCGUGAUGAAGCGUAUAUGCGCAUAAUAAAGGAAUUAAAUGUUCCGACUUUAACAGUGCAUGACGUGAGAUUAAAAGUUAAAAGUAUCCGAACAACAUAUACGAAAGAAUUGCGGUUGCUUACUAAACAUAAAAAAGAAGGGACGCUAUACAACCCAAAAUUGUUUUGGUUUCAUCGCGCUAAUUGCUUCCUUAAGAAUGUGUCUUUGCCAAGAGGGAAAAGUCAGUUUCGUCAAGUAAAAUCAAACGAGUGCAAAGCAAAACCAGAUGAAGUAGAUAUACAACGUGAUACUUUACUUGAUAUUUCGGAAAAUAUUUCGAAUUUGGAUGAUGAAGCGAGGGAAAAUGAUAUUGAAUCAUACAGCUGUAAAAAAUUAGACAAUUCGCAGUUGGAGGCUCAUAUGAAUGAAAUUGAUGCAAGCAUUGGAAAUAUUGAAGUUUCUUGUGCCAAAUAUCAAUCAUUUAAUCAGCAAUCUGAAGACGAGUUUAAACAACAUUCUGCUGAAACGAUGGUGAUUAAUACGAAAGUAACCAGAACAAAUUCGAAUGAGCCAAGCUCAAAUUCAAGUGUUAUAGAUGCUUCGCAUUCCAAUUCUAUUAAUAAUAUCAGUAUAUUAGAUGAGUAUGAAAUAUUUUGCCAAAGCGUCGCAGUACAGUUACGCUCUAUUUCAGACAAUUAUUCUCGGUCGGUUGCUAAACUGAAAAUUCAGCAGAUUCUAUUCGAAGCUGAAACAGGUCAUUAUCGACAUAAUCCAUGUAUAACAAUACCAGUUGGUCAAGAUAUAAAUAAUGUUCCAGGGGAAAACUUGCUAUAAUUUCCUCUAACAUUCCACAUGUGUAAGAAUGAUAAGCAUUUACGAAAGAAUAGAUAGAGAUAACUACAUAUUAAAAAUUGUGAAUGUAUCAGAUUAAUAUGUUUUAAAUACUGAUGGCAACAAAAUGUAAGUAUCAUGUAAUGCCUAUUAUGAUGGUCAUUUGACAUGAUAAAUAUCUGUUUCCAACAUAAAUAAAUAACAUGAGGAUGAGAGUAAGAAAGAAUUUACUUUAAACUUUUGCCACAUUUGUCAAAAUAAUGUUGCUCAGUAAUGAAUGCUAUUUUAUGUGCCCUUUAGAAUCAAAUAUGUAAAUUUUAAAUAUAAGUGCAAACAUUACUUAAUAAAAGUAGCAACAGUACCAAA